ACGUCUUGCGAAGAUGAUGUUUUUACUUCCUGAAUAGUUCCCAGUGCUUAACACAUACGUUAAAAUGGAAUCAGUUAUGUUGUGUUCUAUGUUCUUUGCUUUGUUCAGUUUGGGAAGCAUGUAUGAAAAUUUGGCCUUGCAUAAAACGACAUGGCAGUUUUAUCCCUAUCCUAAUCAAACAUGGGGAGCGGAUCGUGCUGUGGACGGACGGUAUGCAGACCUGUCUGCUUCUGGAGGACAGUGUGUAAUAUCAGGAAACAAUCAAUCAAAAGCAGAAUGGUGGGUAGAUCUGGGAGAGGUGCUCAGUAUACACCACAUCUUUAUACAGUACAGGACGGAUAAUGUUAACUGGGAUGAAAACAAUGGUUACACCGCGAGAUUCUUAGGAUUCUCGGUUUACGUUUCCAACACUACUACUAAAGAAGAUGGGACGCUUUGUUUUAAGGACACCGGUUAUACUAGGGCCACAAUACCUAACUCUACAAACAUAACGUGUAUCACACACGGAAGAUAUGUAAUCUACUAUAACAACAGGACCCACUCUCCAUAUCCUGCGGGAUAUUCUCAGUAUGCAUACAACGAGCUGUGUGAGCUGGAGGUUUAUGGUUCUUCAACACCCCGAUAUUAUGCGGAGCAUUGUUCUUCACCGUGUCCACAGAAAUGUCAGGAAGGUCAUUGUCAUAUAAUUGAUGGAACAUGUCUUGGUUGUAAUGAUGGAUAUAGGGGGCCAACCUGUAACGAAGAAUGCAGUGAUGGCACGUACGGUUCAGAAUGCGGAAAUGUAUGUGGUAACUGUAGUAACAGUGAUUUGUGUAAUCACGUGAACGGAAGUUGUCCAAACGGAUGUGACGUUGGGGUGUCUGGUAAUACAUGCAAUAGAGCCUGCCCUCCUGGUUGGUAUGGCGCAAACUGCGAUAAUAAAUGUGGUCCAAACUGCUACAGCUGUAACAGAUUUAAUGGGGACUGUGAGUUUGGAUGUAGACCUGGAUGGAAAGGAAGAACCUGUGAAGAUGAAUGUCUGGACCAAACGUACGGCCCAGAGUGUCAAAAGAUUUGUGGAAACUGUAAAAACAAGGAACCGUGUCAUCAUAUGAACGGAAGUUGUCUGAACGGAUGUGACAGAGGGGCAUAUGGUGAAAAGUGCGAUAAAGCAUGUUUUGAUGGUCGUUAUGGUAUCAACUGUCAGGAACAGUGUAGUGCCAACUGUGGAGUUCCAUACAGAUGUGACAGGGUGACAGGGCAGUGUGAGGGAGGAUGUCAGGUGGGGUUGAAAGGUGAAUCCUGCGAUACACAAUGUGAUGGUGGAAAGUUUGGACACAAUUGCAAUUCACUUUGUGGUCACUGUCUUGAAAGAGAACAAUGCCAUUAUAUCAAUGGUUCCUGUCCCAACGGAUGUGAUAGUGGAUAUCAAGGAAGUGAUUGUACACAAGCAUGCAGUAACAAUACCCAUGGACCAAAAUGUUCGAUGAAGUGUGGAAACUGUCUAUACGAGUAUGGAGAACAAUGUCAUCACGUGACCGGUUACUGUCCACGUGGAUGUGGCGAUGGUUCCCAUGGUGAUCUUUGUGACCAAGUGUUAGGGUCAUCUUCUAGUGAGUCUGCGUCAACCAGUCAAUUAUCAAUUGCACUCUAUGUCUGUGUUACCAUUAUCAUUCUUAGUGUAACGCUUAAUGUGUUUUUCAUAAUCAGACAACUAAGAAACAACAUGUGCAAAGAUCAAAAGAACAAAGAAACAGACCAGUCAGAUAACUGUUCAAAGUCUGUGUAUAAAAAAUCUGAAGACAACACUGCGUAUCAAGAGCUUGGAGAAAUAACGAAAGAAUCCCAGUAUGAUAAACUAUCAUCUUGACUAAAUUCUCAUAAAACCUGAUUGCAAUUAUGUGAAAACACUUGAUCAUGAAUCAUUAUUAACAUGCUUUUUAAAGACCCUGGUGAUAUACCACCAAACUUUUAACGUAUAUAUCCAUUUAUCUAUCUAUCUAUCUAUCUAUCUAUCUAUCUAUCUAUCUAUCUAUCUAUCUAUCUAUCUAUCUA